GAAGUAUUAUUACAUUAAUAUAUAUCAGCCCACUUGAAUGGGUAUCCCGAGUUUCAUUUCUUAAUAUAGCUCUCUCUUUUUCCGGACCAAAAACAAGUAGAACUAGUUCACUUUAUCUGUCCUACAAAUUUUGCUUCCUGGAUCAGGUCCUGGGAAUCACAUUCUGUGCAUUUCUUGAACUUUUGUGAAGCUGUUCCCUACAAGAUUGGAUGUUCAACUCUGUUUGUUUGGCUUGUGUGACCGAUAAAACCAAGCAAGAAUCUUUGUUCCCACAACCUAUCUCCCCGUAGAGAUUGUUGCUGGCCUUAAAGUUUUUAUAUAUAAGAGCUCUCAUUUGGGACGAUGAGUCUUGGGUGGUGGAAACUUGUGGGCGCUGCCUUGGCCGGAAUUCUCUUCUUCCAUGGCUUUUCUGCCUCUGAAAAAGCUCCGAACUACUCCUUCAUGCACAAUGCAACGUCAGCUCCAUCCUUAUCAUAUUACGACUACAUUAUUGUCGGUGGUGGCACGGCCGGAUGCCCUUUGGCUGCCACGUUAUCUCAAAAUGCAUCCGUCUUGCUCCUUGAACGAGGUGGCUCCCCCUAUGGUAAUCCCAACAUCUCCAACAUGGCCAGCUUCGGUGCUGCCCUCUCCGACGUUUCCCCGUCGUCCCCUUCGCAACGGUUCAUCUCCGAAGACGGCGUGAUUAAUGCUCGCGCUCGCGUCUUGGGAGGCGGAAGUUGUCUGAAUGCAGGGUUUUAUACACGCGCUGGCACUGAAUACGUCAGGCAAGCGGGUUGGGAUGGACGGUUAGUGAAUGAAUCGUACCAGUGGGUCGAGAAAUUAGUGGCAUUUGAGCCACCGAUGGGACAAUGGCAGUCAGCCGUGAGGGAUGGUCUAAUAGAAGCUGGGGUGCUGCCUUUCAAUGGGUUCACUUAUGACCAUAUUUUUGGGACCAAAGUUGGUGGAACCAUAUUUGAUCAGCAAGGGAAUCGACACACAGCUGCUGAUUUGUUGGAGUAUGCUACCCCCAGUGGGCUCACUGUCCUUUUGCAUGCUUCCGUUCACAAAAUCUUGUUUGCAAUCAAAGGGAAUAGAAGGCCAAAGGCCCAUGGAGUGAUAUUCAGAGAUGCAUCAGGGGCCAAGCACAAAGCCUAUCUGAAGAAAGGGUCCAAAAACGAGAUCAUUGUAUCUGCAGGAGCACUGGGAAGCCCACAGCUUUUAAUGCUGAGCGGAGUGGGGCCUACAGCCCACCUCAAGGCCCACAACAUCACUGUGGUGCUAGACCAACCCCUGGUUGGCCAGGGCAUGUCUGAUAACCCCAUGAACGCCGUUUUUGUCCCUUCUCCUCUACCAGUUGAGGUUUCACUUAUCCAAGUCGUUGGCAUUACCCAUUUUGGAUCCUACAUUGAAGCCGCUAGUGGAGAAAACUUUGCUGGUGGUGCUGCUUCUUCACGAGAUUACAGGAUGUUCUCCCCUAAGAUUGGUCAGCUAUCAACGGUGCCACCGAAACCAAGGUCCCCAGAAGCCAUAGCCAAAGCUGUUGAAUACUCGAGUAAUCAAGACAAGCCAGCUUUUAGAGGUGGAUUUAUCCUAGAAAAAAUUAUGGGUCCAAUUUCAACAGGGCAUUUGGAGCUUCGAACCCGUAAUCUAAACGAUAAUCCAUCCGUUACCUUCAAUUACUUCAAGGAUCCUCAAGAUCUGCAACGAUGUGUCCAAGGAAUUCAAACAAUACAGAAAAUUGUUGAAUCAAAGCCUUUCUCUAAGUUCAGAUUUGACUAUAUGUCUUGGCCAAUACUUCUUAAUAUGACAGCAAGUGCCCCAUUGAAUUUGUUGCCUAAACACUACAAUCCCUCGAUGCCACUGGAAGUAUAUUGCAAGGACACCGUGAUGACUAUAUGGCACUAUCAUGGAGGCUGCCAAGUUGGUAGGGUUGUUGAUCUUGACUAUAAGGUUCUCGGUGUGGAUGCUCUAAGGGUUAUCGACGGAUCCACGUUUAACUACUCGCCUGGUACUAAUCCUCAGGCCACUGUCAUGAUGCUUGGAAGGUACAUGGGUGUCAAGAUAUUGAGUGAGAGACUAGCUAAUUAAGAACCACGUGAUGGAUGAUGGCUUGAUUUUUCCUUCUUUUGAUUAAGAAAUGAUGUUCCUGAUGUCUUCUUAUUACGCCAGCGUGAAGUGUUCCAAAAUGUGGGGGUUAUAUGCAACGAUUGGUCAAUAUUUGCAUUUAUAAAUGGUUGACUACGAGAAAUAUUAUUGUUA